CUGACAGGUGAGAGAGGAGGGGCUUAGGCAUCCCGAGAUUCCACCUCGCCACAGCCCAGCCCGCACACGGCACGACAGGAGAUCCGCCGCCAUGUCCACCUCCUCUCAGACGUCGGCUACGGCCCGGCUCCUACAGCGCCAGCUCAAGGAGAUGCACACAUCCUCCGACCUGUCGGGCAUCUCGGUCGGAUUGGUGAAGGAUAGCAACGUCUUCGAGUGGGAGGUGAUCCUCAUGAUUAACGACGAGUGCAAGUAUUACGGGGGCGCCUACUUCCGUGCCUACAUGUCCUUCCCACCCGAGUACCCCCAUAUGCCGCCGAAGAUCGUCUUCCAGACCCCGGUGCCUUUCCAUCCAAACAUCUACCCGAACGGCGAGCUCUGCAUAUCCAUCUUGCACCCGCCCGAGGAGGAUAAAUACGGUUACGAGAGGGCUUCUGAGCGGUGGAGCCCCGUUCAGACGCCCGAGACCAUCCUUCUAAGCGUUCUGAGCCUUUUCAACGAGCCCAACGACGAGAGCCCCGCGAAUCUAGACGCUGCGAAAUUGCUUCGCGCUGAGCGAGAGGGCGGCCCGAAGGAGUUUCGCAAGAGGGUGAGGAAGUGUGUUAGGGAGAGUCUAGGCGAAGACUAAGCACGCCACGGUCGAUAAACCUAAAUUGAUACCUGCUGAACACGAGCAUAGCAAGCGUCGCAGUCUUUCCGGAGGACAUAGUGUGCACAGUGCAUAAGGAACCCUCCUUGGAGGUCCUAUCAAGCGGGUCGAACCAGUCAA